AUGCGACCGCCGGCUCCUUCUCUCGAUGUAAUAGCCGCCCGUAACUCUGCUGCUGCUGCUGCUGCUGCUUCUGCUUCUGCUACUACUGCCGCCGCAACCGCCGCCGCACCCAAUGAAGCUUCAGGCCCAAACAUACAGACAAUGAACAUGUCCGACGACACGAGAGAUUCGAGAUCUUCAUCGUCGACGAACUCGCCUGUCCCCCCAGACAACGAAGAGUCCGACUUUUUCCACGUAGCAAAUGAUUCCCAGUCUUCCUUAGGAGUAGUACCAAACUUGCAAGACAUGCAAGUGACCGAUCCAGAAUGUCUCCCGACCGUGGCAGCCCUUCCCAGCGAAAUCCUCAUCAGCAUCUUCUCUCGCAUCAACAGCCCGGGUGAACUUUUGAACUGUAUGUUAACCUGUAAGAGAUGGGCCCGCAACGUGGUCGAGAUACUCUGGCAUCGUCCAACCUGCACCUCGUGGUCGAAGCAUCAGUCCAUCUGCGCGACUCUAGGACUCGAGAAGCCUUUCUUCACUUAUACAGACUUCGUUAAGCGCCUUAAUCUAGCUGCAUUGGCAGAUAGAGUUAGUGAUGGCAGUGUUAUGCCGCUUGCCGUCUGCACCCGCGUCGAGCGUCUCACCUUGACAAAUUGCAAAGCCCUGACCGAUUUGGGACUGAUGCCCCUAGUGAGGAGUAAUAAGAAUCUUCUCGCUUUGGAUAUUUCGGGCGAUAACAACAUCACCGAGCGCUCUAUCGUGGCCAUCGCCGAGAACUGCCGCAGGCUUCAGGGUCUGAACGUAUCAAACUGCAAACAGAUCUCCAAUGAAAGCAUGGUUCAACUCGCCGAGAAUUGCAGGUAUAUCAAACGUCUUAAGUUAAACGAUUGCGAACAACUCAACGAUAGUGCGAUUAUUGCCUUCGCCAAUAACUGCCCAAACAUACUCGAAAUCGAUCUUCAUCAAUGUGUGAAUAUCGGUAACGAGCCCGUUACCGCCCUCCUUGCUCAGGGACGAUCUCUGCGAGAGUUGCGACUUGCGAAUUGCGACAUUAUCGACGAUGGCGCAUUCCUAUCCUUACCCUCCAAGAUCUACGAGCACCUUCGUAUCCUUGAUCUGACAUCGUGUACCCGGCUUACGGACCGCGCUGUCGAAAAGAUCAUUGAGGUUGCCCCGCGGUUACGAAAUCUAGUCCUAGCUAAGUGUAGCAACAUUACCGACUCUGCGGUCUAUGCCAUAUCUCGUCUCGGCAAAAAUCUACACUACGUACAUCUUGGCCACUGUAGACAUAUCACAGAUGAUGCGGUUAAGCGCCUGGUGCAAUCAUGCAACCGCAUUCGUUAUAUCGAUCUUGGCUGUUGCACCCACCUCACAGAUGAGUCUGUUGUACAGCUGGCAAGACUCCCGAAACUGAAGAGAAUCGGAUUGGUGAAGUGUAGCAGCAUCACUGAUGAGAGCAUGUACGCAUUAGCUGGAGCAAACCGCCAUGCCCAGUCCCGACGCAAUGCGUCAGGAAACAACGGUUCCCGAAGACAUGAAUAUCACACUGGUAGUUUGGAACGAGUCCAUCUUAGCUACUGCACAAAUCUGACACUUCCGAGCAUUAUCAAACUUCUCAACUGCUGCCCGAAACUUACUCACCUGAGUUUGACUGGCGUACCUGCUUUCCUGCGGGAUGACCUAGAUACUUUCUGUCGAGACGCGCCUCCAGACUUCACUGAACACCAGCGAGCAGUAUUCUGUGUCUUCUCUGGUCAAGGUGUAACGGGCCUCCGAACCUACCUAAAUACCCAACCUGAGUUUGCCGAGUACCACUUGCAACAGCAGACUAUAUUCCCGUCGCGAAGAGCAGUCCAGAUAAAUCAGGACACAGCUCAGGGUCAGGUACAAGGACUUAUUCCCGUACCAGCCCCUGAUAUUGAUGGUUUCGAUGAUAUCGAUGGAGUCGAAGAUGACGAUAUGGGCGAUGGUAGCGAGAUUGCUCUUGACCCUGGUAGCUUCGGCGGAAAUGAUAACUCUACAAACGGAGCCAGCUUAUUAGUCCCUCCGCCACCGCCGCCUCCACCGCAAAUUGGCGUCUCUCAUCCACCACCUCGUCCGCAGCCGCCGCAUCUGGCUGCUAUUACUAUAGGCGCUAUUAUGGCGCCCGCGACUCAAGCUGGCACAGGCGCGUGGAUUCCCGUCAGCAACACUCCAGGCCCCAGUACUGCCGGCCAGGGAAUCUUCGUCAACAUAGACUCCUCAGGACCUAGCACAGCUUCCAUGCAAGGAGACGCCGAGGAAGACGAUAGAGGCGAUCGAUCAUAG